AGGGACAGAUCACGGUGCAUAUCUCCAUGACCGACACGAUUCUGUGCCACGGACGGGUGCAUCUCGACGCCCAAAUCCAUGGCGAACUCGCCGCGAUCUCCGCCGCCGCCGCCCCUGCCGGAGUUCGAGAUCUCGCGGCAGUCCCGCAUCUUCGCGGCGCUGUCCAAGAAGGUGAUAGAUCUCGAUGAGCUGAGGAUGCUGGCCUCUCAGGGCGUCCCGGACGGGGCCGGCGUCCGGUCGACUGUGUGGAAGCUGCUACUGGGCUAUCUGCCCAAUGACCGUUCACUGUGGGAGCAGGAGAUGGCAAAGAAGAGAUCACAGUACGCAGCUUUCAAAGACGAGUUCCUUAGCAACCCUGUAGGUGGAAAUAGCGCGACGAGUGGAUCCGAAGGUGGACGCAAUGAAAAUGCAGAUCAUGUUGACAAUGGGCUGCUCCACAGGUCAGAGGUAACCCAAGAGGAGCACCCUUUAAGCCUUGGGAAGACCAGUUCUUGGAAUCAGUUUUUUGAGUACUCAGAGAUUAUGGAGCAGAUUGACCGUGAUGUAAAGCGCACCCACCCUGACAUGCAUUUCUUCUGUGGUGACUCAUCUUUUGCAAAGUCCAAUCAGGAAUCUCUGAAAAAUGUACUAUUAAUCUUUGCCAAGCUGAAUGCUGGAAUAAGAUAUGUACAAGGCAUGAAUGAAAUUUUGGCACCACUCUUCUUCGUGUUUCGGAGUGAUCCAGAUGAUAAAAAUGCUAUAUUCGCUGAAGCGGAUUCAUUCUUUUGCUUUGUGGAGUUGCUUAGUGGGUUCAGAGACAACUUCUGCCAGAAACUAGACAAUAGCGCUGUUGGCAUUCGGGGUACGCUCUCCAAAUUAUCACAACUUCUAGUGAAGUACGACCGAGAGCUUCAGCACCAUUUGGAAAUAACUACAGAAGUUAAUCCCCAGUUCUAUGCAUUCAGAUGGAUAACGUUACUGCUGACUCAGGAGUUCAAUUUCGCCGAUACUAUUCAUAUAUGGGACACGCUAUUGAGUGAUCCUGAUGGUCCUCAGGAAACCUUGCUCAGAAUAUGCUGUGCAAUGCUGAUCCUUGUCCGGAAGCGUCUCCUGGCGGGCGAUUUCACUUCCAACCUCAAGCUCCUGCAGAACUACCCUCCAACAAACAUCAGCCACCUCCUCUACGUCGCAAAUAAGUUGCACUGAACUGAGCUCUUACGGCUGAAGCGCUGCUGUGUUUGUUCACCCAAAAUUGUAACACUGUGCCACAGCAUUGCAGCAGAACAGCUGUUGCGAUGUUUUUUAUAUCAAUUGCUGGUCCAUUAAUCUGAUUUCAUGUCUUCUGUAACUUGUAAGUUCACAUGCCGACGAUUUCUAUCCCGAUUAAUCAAGGUGGCAUAAAUUGGUAUCCA